UGCAUGUAUUAGUGGCGGUCGGUGACUUCUAAGAUGAGGGAGGAGGAUAAUUUUUUUUUUAUGAGCAUGGCCUUCUUUCUAUUACAGUGUAUUGGAUGACUGCCAUUCAUAUUCCUUUUACCCAGCUCAGUGUAACAUCGAUUUAGGUUUAGGCUACUACAUGAUACUAAAAUGUUCCCCUGUAUCCAUCAUGAGGUUGCUCCAACCUAGCCUAUGAAUGAACGUUUACAACAUCUAGCUGAUCUAGGGUGUAAUCAGAAUCGGUGGAAUGAAUACACCCCUGAUCACAUGCAAACACAGUUCACUUUCAUAGCAGCCACAUAAAAACAGCAUGAUCACUUUGCUCGUUGUAUAAAUAAUUCCUUCUCACAACUAUCUACACAUUCUGUUCCUCUCACCUUUUCCCUGCGCUUGUGCACUUCAGUGCACAACACAACAGCUGUCUGUGGCCAGGCGAAAAAACCUUUCCAAGCCAAACCUUCAUAUCAUGACCGAUAACCACUACAUAACUACACACAGCCUACGUCAUUGUCACAUCAUAGUCAACAAAGCUACUAGAUCUAAUGCAUUUGUAAACCCGCUACAAUCAUUCAAUACAGUGUGCAGUUUAGCAGUUACACCGGUGGCCCCGGUAGCAAUAAAUUUAUACCAAAAGCUUACCUUGAUUUGGAAUAGUUUCAGUGUUAGCCAUAGCCAGCUAGCUAACAUAGCAUCCCUCUCUGUUUGAGCCAGGUGUUUGAGUAGACUAAACUAGGUAGCUGCAUUUGCUAGCUAAGUGAAAGUUUAAAAAAUAUAACUCUCUCACUUGCUUCUCCUUAAUUUUGGAAGAAAUUAAUUUGUUCAAAACCGUUCAACUAUUGUGUUUCUCUCUCGCUGAGUCAACUACUCACCACAUUUUAUGCAUUGCAGUGCUAGCUAGUUGUAGCUUAUGCUUUCAGUACUAGAUUCAUUCUCUGAUAUUUUGAUUGGGUGGACAACAUGUCAGUUCAUGCUGCAAGAGCUCUGAUAGAUUGGAGGACACUCUCUGGAAGUUGUCAUAAUUACUUUGCAAUUCUAUGGAAGGGAGUGAGAACCAUGAACUUCCAAGGUUUUGUAUUGAAGUCAAUGUACCCAGAGGAGGACAGAAGCUAGCUGUCCUCCGGCAACACCUUGGUGCUACACUACAGAGUGAUGUUGAGGCUACUGUAGACCUUCAUUUCAAAACAGUGUGUUUUAAUCAAUUAUUUGGUAACGUGAAUAUAUUUAGUAUAGUUUUAUCUAAAAAAGAUAACGUUUUUUAAUUGUUGACUAUUUUUAUGAAAUUCACUGAGAAGGAUGGUCCUCCCCUUCCUCCUCUGAGGAGCCUCCACUGACAUGUAUGUAUGCGUGAGUGCAUGUCGUGAUUUAUGAUUGUGUAGCACGUGCAAUUUACUGUACUCCUCAGCCUUAAUUCGCUCGACUCAUUAGCUAGCUUUUGAGGUGGCAUGAUCGGCUAAGACCCUUGAGGGAAGACGGUCACGUGUGUUUGAGGCAGAUGUCCCUGGUUCGCACCAGGUAUGGACCGAAUCGGGAGAUUCACUAAGCAAACGUGACAUGCUUUACAGUUGCAUGUCUGCAUACAUGUCUGUAGGCCUAUACUCUCAGAAUAAAGGUACAGAAUUGUACUUAAAGGGGUACAAACUCUUGUCAACGUAGUGGUACCCUGUAAUGUACGUCCAUUGAUUGUACCAUUAGUUAUAGGUACAUAAUUGUACCCUUGCAGUUUGUACCUUUAAAAGAGCCAAAAGGUAAAUAUACACUUUUUUAGGGUACCACCACAGUGACAAGGCCACUUCUACCUCUUCUCUAUACCAAGUGCCUCAUGUGUUCACUUCUCUCUGUCAUUCCCACUUCUGACACCAGUGUAGCAAAUUUGGGGGUAGCCCCAACCAAGUCUUGAACCUGGGUCCAGUAACUGUCAAGCCAACGCCUUAACCAUUGACAAGGCCGCUCAGUGUUGGGUUAAAGAGAUUCUCCGAUACAGUUGUAUAGUUUUUAGCCAGUAGUUCUGAAAUUAGCGCUCACAAGCCAAAAUUGGUCCCCGAAAGUUGUGUACAUUGUUACCACGUCAUUGUCCUCGAGCCUCUGUAGCAUGCACAAAGAUCCUUUUUUUAAAACUAUGGGUGUUCAUGAGCUGUGCACAUGCUUGGCCUCACCCCACAACCUCAUUGGACAAUGCUGUGCCAAUCUGAUCCCACCUCCUACUUUAAACUUGCAACCUCAUUGGACAUAAUUCCCUCUGCCAAUCAACACUGUCCCUCGUGCUUGGUUGUGGCUAAUUCCCAUUGUUGUACAGACUAGUAUGACAAGCAAGUGAUUGUGAUAAUGUAAUUUAUACAAUGGAAAAGUUAUAACCUACUUACAGUAUAUGUUUGCAUCAAAUGACCUACACCUUUAAAAUAGUUUACUGAUUAUAUAUAGGCCAGUAUUUGUCUACGUGAUGAAUAAUGAUAGCUGGCAAUCAACUGCAGUUUUAGAUUAUACCACAUAUCAUGGAAUACCUGCUGUGUGCACAUAUAAGGACAAACGGUGGAAAGACAUAUGAAACUAUUUGAUUGGGAUGGAUGGUUGAAACAACAGAAAGGUUGGGCUAUAUUUUCUUCACUAAAAAGGAAGUGGGUGAAAGUUUCCAUAUACCUUUCUCUAGCGCAUCACCGAUAUGUGUGUUGUGUCCGUGAUUCGUGCCUGGUUAAAACCUUAGAAUGUUUUUAUAUAUCGCUCAAAAGACUAAGAAAAUACACCAGGGAUUUAAUUUAGGAGAUGAUGGGGAGAAUAGUGUUUCUGAUCAGGUUGACAAUUGUCUUCUAAUAUAUUUGUCAGGCUACGACGCCAUCUUUAGCGCACAUCAUUUUCUGCUUACUUCUGCUUACUAAGUUAUUGAAAAAGAGAAAUUAAACUACAACCGGCGUCUAAUAGAUCAAAUUAUUUUUAUGUUUUCUAAUUUAGGGUGGGAGGAUUUGAUUGAUGUAUUCCAUGUAUUUUCCCUUAUGAAAAUAACUCAUGGUAAGGUCUAAGUAGCCAGGCAAUCCUACUCGCUUCAGAUCAUGACAUGAACGAGCACGUAUCUUGUGGACUAGAUAAUGGCAGGUUAGAAUGUAGCAACUGCAGAUGGUUUACUAUGCAUGUAUGAGCCAUACACUGACUCGUCGAGUCCAAAACGGGAGGUUUAAGAAAAUAACGAGGUUGUUUUCGAUACUCCGGAAUGUAUCUUUAAGAUAGCUAAAAUAUUAAUUACAGAUCUUUAUUGUCACAUGCUCUUAUGUAAGCCUUUUAUAAAGACUUUAGAAGUGGCAACGGACAUACUCAACCUUUAACUAACAUAACCACAGUCCACUUAAACUGGUACAAAACUUCAGCUCACGGGUGGCCAAAAAUAACUAAGGUAAUGUUAUGGCCCCACUAAGCUUAUGAUCGUACCUUUAUAUUCCAAAUAUUAUGUAAAAAUGUUUACCAUUAUACUAGAUUAUCUGCACAUUUACCCUAAAAGGUACCAAACAGUACCUUGUGAGAUCCAAUGUGUACCUCUGAAGGUAUAUAAUGUGUAUUUUGAUAUUUGUGUAAUGCAGGGCACAACCCUAACCGUAGCCUUUUUUUCUGAAAAUGUAUGUGUUUGAGUGUUGUAAGGUUUAACUAGGGCUAUGAGAAUGUUUUUCAAGGUAUUAUAUAGCCUGUUUGUGCAUAGGCCAUAUUUGUGUUUGUUUACAUGUGAGCCAGACCCAUUUUAGCUUUGGUUCAUUGUUUCUCAACUGAACUAAAUGGGCUUUUUGUGACACUUGCUCCAUUCACAGGACACAGUAUUCAUUAGACCCGAAUAGGCUUUAAUGGGGAGUCAUUGCAAAUAGGUACAUUACCAUUUCCAGCAGCAAAGAACUAGCUGACAACCAAACCGCUUGCCUGGAAAUCCCAGACCCAGUUUUAGCUCUGGGGUAUUUGUCAAAACAAGACUCACAGAUUCAAUCAGCAGUUGGCGGCAGUCUACUUAUGAGGAUGUUGAGAUGGUUCUAGUGGUUUGUUGUCUCUUUUGUAUUGGUGCUGUCGGUUUGUUGGUAUCCAGCACCGCUUUCCUCUUGCAUAGUCUUUAAAGUUUCACUAUAAACUUCCUUUCCUCUGGCCAUACAGGGAACUACCUAGAUCUAAGCUGUAAGAGCCCUUGGGCAACAACUUAUGCCUGCAGUUGGCUAUAUUACACCAAUUACAUUCAGGCAAUGUUUCACUACCAUGCAUUUCAUCAUAACCAGUCCUACAUCCUUUGUUUUGUAAUGUGUGACCAUUAGAUUUGUGGGGAGAUAAAUGUCUGAAGCGUAUUGGAAUAUGCUGGUAAAAUCUCUCCUUUACAUGAAUCUCCUUACAUUAAUAUACAGCUGUUUUAUUUGUACAAUCAUCUCUCUACAAUCUAGCAAUAUUUUUCUAAUUAGGUCCUGUUUGUGACCAAAUUGAAGUCAAAUACGUCAGUGACAAGUUUUGUUCUCUGUCAAACAUGUAAUGACUCACCGUGGCCAGUGGAGGACAGCAGACAAUUUAGAAAUCCAAAAUGUCCCAAAGCUGGAGGGUUGGAACGGGCGGGAUGACCCAAAACUACGAAAUGGAUGAUUCUGAGCCAAUUGCAGAUUCACGUGUCACUACAGAUGUCGAGCUGUUAUCCAAUUAGAUUGCAGUUUGGAUGGUAGCUCCAUAGUUGAACAAACAUGUGUUAUGGAACACACCAUGGAGACCGAUACAGAUGUGGAUGAACAGGUUGAAUGGGGGAAGCAGCAGGAUCUGUCAGUCACAGAGAUCCAGCAGAAGGUGAAGGAGUACAAUGCUCAAAUCAACAGCAACUUGUUCAUGAACCUGAACAAAGAUGGCUCCUACACUGGCUUCAUAAAGGUCCAGUUCAAGCUGCUACGACCCGUGUCAGUUCCCCCACCAAGAAAGGGUACUGCAACACAGGUUGGUGCGGGCAAGAAGACUGGGGGAGUUAAGCGUCGCACCUCUUUUUACCUGCCCAAGGAUACGUCCAAACACCUACAUAUCAGCUCCCGCACAUGUGCUCGUGAGGUCAUCGAAGCCUUGUUGAAGAAGUUUACCGUGGUGGACAACCCUGGAAAGUUUGCUUUGUUUGAGCGCACAAAGCGCCAUGACCAAGAAUUCCUGCGCAAGCUGUCUGACGACGAGCGUCCACUCCACCUGCGUCUGUGUGCUGGACCCAAUGACAAAGCCCUCAGUUUGGUGUUAAAAGAGAAUGAGACUGGAGAGGUCAACUGGGAUGCCUUUUCUAUGCCAGAGCUCAAGAACUUUGUUCGCAUGUUACAACGUGAGGAGGAGGAGCAUGUCAAGCAGAUAGUGCAGCGCUACGCACUAGCCCGCACCAGGAUGCAGGAGGCCCAAGCUGCUCGUCCCACCCCUGGUGGUUCCACCCCUGGCUGAGAAACCGCUUCCCUACGGGACUACCUACACCUCUGACUGACAAUCAUCAGAAGAUGACCAGUCACUGCAUCCAAAGAUCCCAGAGAACACAACUCGACACCUCCCUCAAAGGAGGAGAAUGAAAGAGCGAAUGAGAGCGAGCGGGCACAUGAGAGCGAGCGGGCAAGCGCGUGUGAGUGUGAGAGAAUCAGAAGUGCCAUACAACUGGAGAGAGUCUGUUGUGCCUGAGAGAGAAUGAGAGUUGAGAGAGAGAGUAUGUGAAACUGUGGCUGAUGAGAGACUGGCUUUGUCCAGUACUUCCUCUCAUUGUGGAGGUGCCAUUUGACUAUCCUGGGUAAGCUACCUGACUCGUAAUGUUCAUCACCUGUUAUUCCUGCUGGCAGCAGGGUCCAUCAUUUAUAGCUUUUGGGUAACAAAUCAAAAGGCCUGUUUCUCUCCCUUACUGUCUAGCAAUACAAGGGAAGCCAACCUAUUAGCUCAGACAAAUGUUGAACAAAUUCAGAUACCGUCUGCUACAGUAUCUCCAGGCCUUAAUGCUAGUCAGAAUAAUAAGUGAUGGACAUUAUGAGCCAGGUACUCCAGGUUUCCAUUUGACCCCAAUGCCUUCCAUAUACCUCCUGCACAUCCAUACUAUGAUGGAUGUUACUCUUUUUUGCUUUCCCUUUAUGAGGCUGAGUGGGAGUGCCCCGUGUGUUGGGAGCACUGUGAUUGUCAAUUGAGAGGACAAUCCCCAGUUUGAUUUAAUUGAUAGGGGAAUUGUCCUGAAACUUUGAACAGGAAGCUGUUGCUUUUUAUAGAAUGUUUGUACGUUUGUAUUGUCUAUAUUUGUAUGUUCUUUGUGACGUUCUAAAACUCUGUUAAAACAACAAAAUAAUAGAACUGAGAAUCUGUCUCAUAUUAUCAGCAUAUGUCUAUAUCUCUUGCAAUAAUAAUUUGACUGUCCUUGACUAUCCCCUUUUCAAUUUCAACAUUUUUAUGUUACAUAUGUCCAGUGUUUGUUGAAAUAAUAAUAGAUUUGCACUGUUCACAUUAAACAAGUUCCUUCACAAAAGUACAUGUCUUGGUAGUGG